GAGCCUCGUCUCUAGCCCUUCCAGUGCGUCCCAGCCCGACUAGCCUCCCUUUCAUGCUCUUCUGGGUUGCGGUCUUCUUUUUCCAGCCCCAGUGCGGAGACCGCGCUGUCUGAUCUCUCUCCUUCCUGAGACGGGCCCGUCCCGUCUCUCUUUUCUCCUUCCUCCUCCUCUCGAGGGGUCAUCUCAGGGCCGUCCCGUCUCUCUUUUCUCCUUCCUCCUCCUUUCGGGGUCAUCCCGGGGCCGCCCCGUCUCAUUCUUCUCUUAGUCCUUCCUCCUCUUUGCUGUGGAUCAGCCCGGGGACGCUCCAUCCGAUUCCUCCUUUCCAUCCUUCCUCCUCAUUCUCCCGCCUCACCCCCCUCCUCCCGCCUUCCCGCAGCUUCAGGCGAGCAUGUCAGGCUUCCCCGGAGGGCAGUACUAUGGGGCGCGCCCCCGCUCGGGGCGGUGCGCUAGUUCGCCACCGCCCCUUGGGCGUGAGGGCGUGUCCUGGGCGUGUCCUGGGCGGGGCGUGUGUCCGCAGCCGGGGCCUGGCAAGAUGGCGGCGGCGGCAGCUGCGCUGGGGGCGGAGGAGCCCGAGCUGUGCCUGGAGUUGCUGCCCACCGACCCCCUGCUGCUCAUCUUCUCCUUUCUGGACUACCAGGACCUGGUCAGCUGUAGCUGUGUCAGCCGAAGAUUAAACCAGCUAUCAAACCAUGAUCCUCUCUGGAGAAGACACUGCAAAAAAUACUGGCUUUUAUCUGAGGCAGAAAAAACGCAGAAGAACAAAAGUUGGAAAACUCUCUUCAAAGACACUUAUAUUGAUCUGGGAAGAUAUAUUCAACAUUAUGCUACUCUAAAGAAAGCCUGGGAUGACCUGGAAAGAUACUUGGGACAGAGGUGCCCAAGGAUGAUCGGAUCUCUGAAAGACAGUGUGGAGGAGUGUGAGCUCGAUGCUGUGGAGGCCCAGAUUGGGUGCAAGCUUCCCAAUGACUAUCGAUGCUCCUUCAGGAUCCACAAUGGGCAGAAGCUGGUGGUUCCUGGGUUGAUGGGAAGCAUGGCGCUCUCCAAUCAUUACCGCUCUGAAGACUUGCUGGACAUUGACACGGCUGCCGGAGGAUUCCAGCAGAGACAGGGCCUGAAGCAGUGUCUUCCUCUCACUUUUUGCAUACACACUGGGCUGAGUCAAUACAUGGCAUUGGAAAGCGUAGAAGGCCGCAAUAAGUAUGAGAUCUUCUAUCAGUGUCCAGACCAAAUGGCUCGGAAUCCAUCAGCAAUUGAUAUGUUUAUCACAGGUGCUUCUUAUUCGGAAUGGUUUACCUCUUACGUGCAUAAUGUUGUAACAGGAGGCUACCCUAUCAUCCGAGAUCAGAUUUUCAGGUAUGUUCAUGACAAGGGAUGUGUGGCAACAACUGGAGACAUCACGGUGUCAGUGUCAACGUCAUUCCUCCCAGAGCUUAGUUCUGUGCAUCCGCCUCACUAUUUCUUCACUUAUCGAAUCAGGAUUGAGAUGUCUAAAGAUGCCCUCCCUGAGAAGACUUGUCAGUUAGACAGCAGAUAUUGGAGAAUCACCAACGCCAAAGGUGAAAUCGAAGAGGUUCAGGGACCUGGAGUGGUGGGUGAGUUUCCCAUCCUCAGCCCUGGCCGGGUGUACGAGUACACUAGCUGUACCACCUUCUCUACCACAUCGGGGUACAUGGAAGGACAUUAUACUUUUCAUCUCCUUUACUACAAGGACAGAAUAUUCAACGUGGCCAUUCCCAGAUUCCAUAUGGUGUGCCCUACCUUCAAGGUUUCCACGACCCCACGGGAAACCAGCCACGAUGACUGCUCUGUGAUUGAGGAAGAUGAAGAAGAAGAUUCCACAGAUUCUGAUGACUAUGAAGGGCCCAGACUCGUCAACUACUCUCCAGCUCCGAGCCACUGUCCUCGGCACACCUGAGCUCCAGGUGGUUCUGAACGGUGUAAAUAAAUAAUACAUCUAUCUCCCGGGCAGCAAGCCAGCAGUGGGCCGAGCUGUGCUUUCUACCAGACGUUUAUCUUAGGAGUUGGUUUGGGUUUUUUGUGUUUGCUGUAAGACAGGAGGGCAAAAGAAGGCUUUUUUUUCCUUUUGUCAAAUGGGAAAUUUGGUCUCAAGCUGCGGGGCUGGUGUUACUGCCUUGUUUAAAGUAUUUCAUAUUUGUAAUAUUUACAGAAGCUGGGUGUGUGGGGGGGAGGAGGGGAGGGUCGGUUUUUAUACAAGCAUUGCAAAUGUAGCAGCUGUAGAAAGGGUAGAAACGCAGAUCUCAACCCGCUGCCAUCUUCAGUCCUGGAUAAGCAUUUCCUGCCAUUAUAAGUUGUAUAUGAGGAAAUGCACUUGUAAUCUGGCCUUUUUAGCCCGGAAUCCAUUGUAGGGUGCCCUCUCCUGGUAUUCCCACUGGAGAUACUAGGCACCUGUCGUGGUAGACUUGGAUUACCUACCGGGAACUAAAAGUGGUCAACUUUCUCCCCUUGAAGACAAUCCAUCCUUGAAUUUAAUUUUAGAUUAAAAAAAAAAAAAAACCCUUACCAUUGCAGUAAUUUUAGAAUGUGGUAUAUAAAGCAUAUGCUGUGUCGUUUACUACUAACAAGAACAAUCUUGGCAAUGACUCACGUGGUAUAUACAUUUGUAAAUACGAUUUCUGAUUUUUUCUGCUUUAUACACUGUCUUAACUUUGUGAUAAGUGACAUGAAUUUUAUGUUAAGCUAAAUUUGUUUUCCUGAAACAUGGGUUUUUGUAAUUAUCAGAUUCUGAAUUUGGAAUGAAAUCUUGCAGGUGUUUAAAAUCACAUAUUUAAAAGUAACUCGGGUUUUUGAUCUCAUCUGUUUAAUAUCACAUUUACAAAUUUUCCUUUUUCUGUAAAUUGAUGCUGCUUCGCUUUGUCUUUGCUUGUCUGAAGCAGAGGUUGGUCAGAUUGCAGCUGGAGCACAGCAGGCCCCAUUUCUGGGUUCUUUUGGGUUGGGACCAUUGUGUGAGGUGUCUGUUCUCAAACUCAGACACACACACGUAGGCUGCAUCAAAGGGCAUGAUAGCAAAACGCUUGGCUCUUGGCCUCUGCCCCGCCUGGUCUGCAUCUGGCCAGCAGGCCUCUGCUCCCAAUCACCCAGCCUCUUCUCAGCCUGGCCACCAAGCUGUGUGAUCUCGGGCCAGUCUCUUCUCUCUGGUGCUUCGGUUUCCUCUGUAAAGGAGGCUUUUGGCUGCAUGUGCUCUUCUCAAUCCUGUGAGCCUGUUAACCUCAGACUAUGUACUGUGUGUAGUUUUAUUUCCCAAAAGGGCAUUCAGCCCACCUAGAAGACCUGGUUUCUGUCCUUAAAGAACUUACUAUUAUUAUAAUAAACAGACUGGGCUCUUAAGUUUC